AUGAUAGCGGUUGAAGUUGGUGAAGGGUGGUAUGCGACGAAACUGGGCUUCUUCGGUGGUAAGCGGUGUAUCUGGGGAAAGGACCUCGCCGUGCUUGCUCAGCUGGAGUUCGUCUCAUCCCAGGGGGUGGAAUUCAAGGUCUUGUCUGAUGACUCAUGGAAGUGCAGUUCAAGUGCAAUCAUCCGAAGUGAGAUCUAUGAUGGAGAAUUGUACGAUGCGCGAGAGGAACCUGUGGGCGGGCACGGGUCAAAAGCCUUCAAUGAAGGCCUUUGGUUGGGCACUAGGACACUUGAAAUGCCAGCUGCACGACUAGUGAUCCCCGAUGCUCCGCCAGUCCAAGUCACGCAGACUGUGGGACCAGUCGAGAUAUUCACCACCCCUUCGGGGAAGACCAUCAUCGACUUCGGUCAGAAUCUCGUGGGAAAGUUGUGCAUCCACCACUUGAAGAAGCAAUCAGGCACCAAAUUGACCUUCAUACAUGCUGAGGUCAUGGAGCACGGCGAGCUUGGAGUCCGUCCUCUGCGCGACGCAAAAUGCACUGAUGAAAUCAUCACUUCCGAUCAAGACUUACGAGAAUGGUCUCCACGGUACACCUUCCACGGCUUUCGCUAUGUUGCUUUGGUGAUGCACACUGAUAUGGACCGCACUGGGUAUUUCUCAUGUUCCCACCCCAUGGUGAACAAAUUGCACGAAAAUGCUGUUUGGAGCAUGCGUGGUAACUUCCUGUCUAUCCCUACGGACUGUCCCCAGCGAGAUGAGAGAUUGGGGUGGACUGGUGAUAUUCAAAUUUUCUGUCCAUCUGCAAAUUUCAUUUACAACACAGCCGGCAUGUUGGGAGAUUGGUUACAGGAUGUCGCGCUAGAGCAACGCUCCAACGCCCACUCAAUUCCACCGCUUGUUGUGCCAAAUGCGAUUGAAGAUCUCUGGAGUAGCAUUCCACAUGCAGUAUGGGAUGAUGUGACUGUCCUCACACCCUGGGCGCUUUUCCAAUCAUUUGGUGAUGUGGAGAUUUUGCGUCGACAAUACGAGAGUAUGGUAUCUUGGGUUGAUAAAGGCAUUCCGCGCGGCUCAGAUGGACUUUGGGAUAUCGAGUAUUGGCAGCUGGGCGACUGGCUUGAUCCUACAGCACCGCCAUCCCAGCCCGGAAACUCCAGGACGAACGCCACUUUGGUAGCUGAUGCAUAUCUCGUCAGGGUCACGAUGGUUGUUGCGGAGACCUCGGAACUGCUUCACGAAACAUCCAAUGCCACCCGUUAUCGCGCUGAUUACCUUCGCCUCAAAUCAGUGUUUGGAAAUAAAUACGUGGCCCCGUCCGGUUUGAUCGUCGGGGACACUCAAACAGCGCUCAGUCUGGCUUUGGUGUUUUCCCUGCUCGACUCAGAAGACCAAUACAUCACAGCAGGAAAACGCCUCGCAAAUCUCGUCCGACUUGCCGGUUUUCGUGUCUCAACGGGAUUCGUCGGCACUCCGAUCAUCACGGAGGCUCUCACCCGUGCCGGUUAUCCACAGCUAGCAUAUCGCAUGCUUCAAGAGAAAGGAUGUCCGUCUUGGAUCUAUCCCAUUACUAUGGGGGCCACUUCAAUCUGGGAACGCUGGGACAGCAUGAAGCCCGACGGCUCUAUUAACGGUGGGGAGAUGACGAGUUUCAACCAUUAUGCCCUCGGGUCAAUAGUCAACUGGCUACAUACCACUGUGGCCGGGAUAUCUCCAUUAAGCCCUGGUUGGAGCCAGAUCAAGGUGCAGCCAGUUCCAGGAGGUACCAUCACAUUUGCAAAGGCGACAUAUGAGGCCCCUGGCGGUAAGGUGGAGUGUGCUUGGGAGGUGCGCAACAAUGAAGAAUUUGUUCUUGACCUCGUCGUACCGCCGAAUAGCAGAGCCCUCGUUUUCCUUCCGGUUGAUGAGGAGAAAUUCUGGGUAGGAUCAGGUCGUCAUUCAUUUAACAGACCUUAUUCCCCAGCACCGUGGCCACCGGCACCGAUUCGUGAUUUUCUUGGCCAGCCAUCCGCCGACUCCAUUGCAUGA